UGGGAGAAGUUCCGAGAAGCGGAGCCCCCGCGGGCGGGCCAGGCUCGAGCCGCGCCAACAAGGCAAGGGGGGGCGCCAGGAAGACAGGUUAUAAUGCCGGGUUAUCCUCCUCUUUUUUCCAGGAGGAGCUCUCUCGUCAACCAAGCCUGUUGUUGCCAGCGUAGCCACCAUGGCUCGUCUCACACUCGCCGGGAUGCUUGCAGUCCCGUGGCUCCUGCUCGCCGGCCUCGCGUCGGGCGAUGCAGUGUCCGAUCUCCAGGACGCGGGCAGGGCCAACAUUGACGCCCAGAUCGCCAAGUCGGCGACAUGCACUAAGGAGAACCUCCAGGUGCGCCGCGAAUGGGGUGACAUCUCCGCCGACGAGAAGAAGGCGUACAUCGCCGCCAUGCUGUGCAUCAUGGAGAAGCCGUCCAAGCUGGACCCGGUCCAGUUCCCUGGCGCCAAGUCGCGGUACGAUGACUUUGUCGUCGUCCACAUGAACCAGACCAUGACCAUCCACGGCACCGGAAACUUCCUUUCGUGGCACCGGUACUACACCUGGGCGUUUGAGCGUGUUCUCCAGACCGAGUGCGGAUAUAACGGGACCCAGCCUUACUGGGACUGGGGACGCUGGGCUCAGGACCCCGAGACGUCGCCCAUCUUCGACGGCAGCGAGACCUCGCUGAGCGGCAACGGCGAGAAGAUCGACCACAAGGCCUCGGGGAUGGUGCCCGCCGGCAACGGAGGCGGCUGCGUCCUGGCGGGACCCUUCAAGGACAUGGUCGUGCACCUGGGCCCCGUCUCCCCCUCCAUCGACCCCGCCCCCCCUCGCAACCCGCGCACGGACGGGUACGGCGACAACCCGCGGUGCCUGCGGCGGGACAUCUCCAACCAGCUCUCCAGCAAGUUCUCGCGCACCGAGGACAUCGUCAACCUGAUCAGCACCUCCCCGGACAUCGGCACCUUCCAGACCGUCAUGCAGGGCACCGGCGGCUUCGGCGUCGGCGGCGGCGGCAUGGGCGUGCACGGCGCCGGCCACUUCACCAUCGCGGGCGACCCCGGCGGUGAUUUUUAUACCUCGCCGAAUGACCCCGCGUUUUGGGUGCAUCAUUCGAUGAUUGAUCGGACGUGGACGAUUUGGCAGUCGCAGGACUUGGAGGCGCGUACCCAGGUGAUUGAUGGGGGGACGAGUAUGUUUGGGGGCGGGCGGAUGGCGAGUUUGGAUGAUCUGGUUUUCUUGGGGGUGUCGGCUGAGGAGGUGUAUCCGAUUAAGGAGCUGGUGAGUGUGGUGGAUGGGCCGUUCUGCUAUGUUUAUGAGUAGACGGUGGGAGAUGAUGG